AUGUCGAUUCGUCGUCCAUAUGCAGACACAUUGGAUGAGUUCUCAUUGCAGACGAUCUCGUUUUCGGCAAGUUUACAGGAUAACAUCGGCGCUUUGAAUGCGACCAAAGGCUAUGGCUCCUUGCUUGCCUACGCCGUCCUCUCAAUUGAGGCAGGACAAUUGAUGUUUACAGCUUCCAAAGAUGUGGGAGGCCGACGGCGCGCGAUGGUCUUGGCCAAUGCUAUUGCCUCUGUAAUUGUUCUACCGCUCUCGACUAUGGGCGCUAUGCUGGGGUUCAAAAUGUUACCAGCACCGCUCGUUCCUAAUCAUGACCCCACACCACAAGAUGCGCUUGAGUUUGGUCAUAUGGCGGCCUACUUGGUGUUGGCUGUGGGUCUGUUGAUUUUUGAUGUGCUUGUGACAUUGACACUAGAAUCUUAUGUCACAUUGAUGGUUCAUGCUCUCCAUGCCUGGCCUAUGGCCAUCUUCUUUACUAUGGCCAUUGGAUUUGGUGUGUUUAACGUGAAAGUAAGCAUUAUGCACAUAUUAGUGGCGAUGUGCGUGGGCUUUGCGCUUUAUGCAAUUCUCCGUCGGUCGCCCCUAUACAUGACCACAUGGUACCGAUCAGCAACAUUGGAAGAGCAGCGUGUAGCCCAACAAGGAGCAGACACAGAUACCACGGCGCUUUCAGAACUUGUCAUUUUGUGGUAUCAAACAGCCAUCCAAAUUCGGAGUAUUAUCCGUGUGAUCCUAUCAAAGAGCGAUUCUCGUCGCAUUUUUCUGUUUUUGUGCAUCAACUUAGCAUUCAUGGGUGUUCAGUUGCUUUGGGGUGUGUGGACGAAUAGUCUUGGCCUCAUCAGUGAUGCGAUUCACAUGUUCUUUGAUUGUGCAGCCAUUUUUAUGGGUCUAAUUGCCAGUGUGAUGGCCACUUGGGAUACGGAUGCCACAUUUCCAUUUGGAUAUAAGCGUGUGGAAACAUUAUCGGGCUUUGCAAAUGGUAUUUUCCUGGUUCUGAUUAGUGUAUUCAUCCUGUUUGAGGCAAUUCAGCGCAUUAUCGAGCCCCCGGAAAUGAACAACAUGACCCAAUUCACGAUUCUAAUUCAUUACUUCCAUUGGACAGGCUUCGAUCCCAUUGCCUCCUUGUUAAUUGGCUUAAUGAUCUUGGGGUCUGUCAUACCUCUUGUGGUGGACUCUGGUCGAAUUCUAUGUCUUGAUAUGGGUAGUAUGGACACAAGCACUAUUUCCAAGGCGCUUUCCAAGAUCAGCGCUAUUCCAGGUGUAAGUGGCUAUUCAGAUGCCAGGUUUUGGUCCCUCGACGGUGAAUCUUUAAUUGGCUCAAUACAUGUUCAUUAUGAUACCCCGUUAUUCUCCGCGGUGGAAACAACCGAACACGCAAAAGUAGUGGACCCAUCCCGACUUGUUCUUCAAGUGGAGGCGCUCUUGCGCGGAGAUAUCCAUGGUCUGGACACUGUGACAGUUCAGGCUAACCCGCGCGGAGAUUGCUUAUAA